UAGUUCAGUGCAAAAUCCCACCUCCCUCCUCCAAAAACAUGGCUAACUACUUUGAUUUAGAAAGAGUGAUAGGCCUACAUGUUUGCCUUUUGGUUGUUCUACCGGUGCCUUUACAACGGAGGACAAACAACAAAAAUUUACUGAAAACUUUGUAAGUUUAUUAAAUUUUCGGAUUAACCUGUACUUAUCACAACGGCGUUUGCCUGUAUCUUUGUAUGAUUGAGCUUCAACUCAAGGAAGUUAUGGAGAGCUUGUUAGCUAAGGUAGCUCUUCUAAAAUGAAAAACGCUGAACUCGAGGUAAAAAUUAAGCAAGAUGUAAGACGUCUUUUGGUAUAAUAUUCGUCUUGAACUAAUUGAUUAAUCUAUUUUGUAUGAGUACAAACUUAGGCAAACCUUGGCAAGUAAAGUGUACGAACUAGAAGCAAACGUGAUGACGCAACUAGAGAUCACAACGAAAGAGCUACAGUCAAUUAUUAUUUCCUUGCAAAGGGAACAUCGUUUACCAACCAUUAACCCCUUCGUGGAUUCCACCGUUUCUGGCGCAGAGGACGUAGCUCUAGUGCCCACAUCCUGUAGAGAUCUCCAACGACUGGGUCGUGCCUUGAACGGAUUCUGUCGUAGGAGCAACUAUGAUCGAAACAGUUUUCUGCACCUUUGCAAAACUUCCUGACGAUGCAGGCUUCCAGAAAUGAAUUGGCUACGCUGACAUCGGGAAUAUUCACGGUUCCUCGAACUGGAAGAUGUUUCUUCUCGUUCAGCGGAUUGGGUUGGUUUGAACAGGCUAGCGUUGACAUGCAUCAGUACAGCCCGUUAAGUCUUCAAUCGACUCUCAAUUUGCAAACAGAAGAUGAAGUUUGGUUGCAAAUUUACGGAUUGUCAUCCAGAGUACGUUUCUCAAUCGUUAUCAACAUAAGCACGUAGCCGUUACCAAUCCCUGGAUCAUCAGUACUUCAGCUGCUAAAUAUUGGUAAAGGUCCCCCUUCGUCCAUAGCUGUGGCGGAUGGGAAAUGGACCAAUCCUGUAAAAGGAAAAAUGCAAUUCCCCUCUAGUGGGGGUGCCCCGCUGCGCCUCACAUCGAUUGUUGGUGAUUGGUGCAAGACUGCAAGGUCGAACGGGAACGAUGUGAAGGCUAUCGAAGACGAACUGUUUCUUUGCGCAUGGAACAGGCAAUCAAAUAAGACAUGAUUACCAAAAACAUCAGAAUCGCAGUAGGCGGAGUCACGCAUUUCCAUUCGCGAAUAUAUUCCAUUUGCAUUGUGCCCAAUCAUCCGUACAUUCGACGAGCAUAAUUUUGAUGUUCCAUUGAUGAUUGCUCGGUUGCUGUCGAAGUAUUUUGAGUUGGCUGCCAAUCCGUUCUUUUGAUGCAACAGUUGUUUUUCAGAUUUUUGCAGUUCCAUGGAAAGAAAGGCUUUUGAUGAGCUUGCCGUCCAGCAACCGUACACUAAUGACACGCCAAAAAAUGCAGCGGCAGAAAAAAGAGCCAUUUGAAUUUUUUUUUGGCUUUUCAGUAUUCACCGAAAAUUUUAUUGGACCCUGUUUUUGAACUGGACUCUAUCCCCGAGAAAUAAACAAGGGGGGAAACAACAGAAAGAACGAGAUAAUGCUAUAAGCCUACACAUUUUUUGACGUCAACCUCCUUAGCAACAAUUCGUAUCGUCUGGUCCUGGAAUUUGCCACAUUUUAAAAACAGCCUUUCGUUUUUCGCAAUUGUCACAUCUUCAAACGUACAAUUUUUCCGGGGAAAUCAUGGGUCUUGUCGAGGAACUGCUUAAAGCUCUGGAAAAGCUGACUAAAGUUAUUUCCCAAAUUUUGAACGAGUUUGAAGGACCAAACGGAUUGAUUGAAGAAAUGAAAAGCUACGAACUAAAAAAGAACAUCGCUAAAACAACUGGAACGGUUAUAGGCAUUGCUGGUGUGUGUCUAGUGCCCUUCACUUUCGGAUGGUCUCUGGCUGCAACGGCAGCUGGAGCUAGCGUGAAUUUAGUCACAGAAUUUGUAGACAGCACUGAAUCCCACGCAUUCCGAGAGAGAAUGAAGAAACACAUAGAUGCAUAUCAAGAACAUUGCGAAGUCCACGAAAAGCUAAUCAAACGGCUGGAGUCUGAUAUUCACAGGCUAAGUUCGGCUCAGGAACUCGAUGUCCAGACGGCCCUGCUCUACUGCGCACUCUCAGCCGAAGCGAACAAGUUAGACAAGAAAAUGGUUAAAAUUAGCGACGCAGAAAUGAUAAACAGAAGCGCACACAUGGCAGGACUUGCCCUUACACUCCAGCAAACGGGAAAGUCCGCAUUUAUGGCUACAGUAAAGGGAGUUGGAAAGGCUACCGUUGUCGUUGGAGGCUUCGUGUCUGCAUACGAAACGGUCACACUUUUCUUGGACUGGAAUGGUACCCAUCCCACGAUUGCCGGAGCUGAAAAAGUGGUGGAAGAAUUUAAAACGGCCCAAUCUUCUUUGAACAAAAGGAUGAAAAACAUUAAAAAAGGAGUGGGCAUGAAAAGUAAUAAACAAGGAAAUAGCGAAAAAUCACAAUAUGAAAAGAUUUGGCAGAGAGAUUCCGCUGAUCAGAACAAGGAAGAUGUAAACGAAGGAAAAGCUGGAGGCGGAGACGACGAAAAGGAGCCCCAAAAACCAACAAAAGAUGAUAAACCUGAAGAGAAAAGAAACGAAACUAAAGUCAAUGUUGAUUCUGACAUUACUCUACCGGAUGGAAGGCGUAUACUCAGGGUUUCCGCUGUUGUAAGGCUAGAAAACUUGGGUCAAGGUAGUAACACAAACAAUUCCGUGGCGAAAAAAUGGAAGAAAAGUUUCAAUUUACCGGAUGAUUACCACGCAGGCCACAUCAUUGGCUGUAUGUUAGGGGGAUCUGGUUCUGAUGUGAACAAUCUUGUCCUAAUGCACAGUGGCUUUAAUAACGGAAGCCUCAAAUCUUUUGAGUUCCGUGCCCGUAAUUUACUCAAGCAAUGCCAGGCAAUCAAUCCUAACGCCUCCGUGGAGGCAAGAAUUAUGGUUUCCAUAGUUUUUGCUCCGGGUGGCAAGGUACCAUUUCAUAUAUUGUAUGGCGUUAGAUUGGUCGUUAAUGGAGUCGUAGAAAAACAAGGAUAUGCCGCUGUUUUCGUAAUCAACUGUUGUGCAAAUGGUCCCCAUGAUGGUCCUUGUAACGGUAUGCAAGAGGACUAUUAUUAUACGGAUGAAUAGAUUACUGAGGUCUAUUAAACCAAGCCUGGACAAGAUAAUCGUGAUUACAAAAAAGGAAAAAUUUACUUUUACCCAAUAAUUUCAAGGAAAAAGGGCAAGAUAUUCUGUAUUAAAAGGACUAUUGUUUUGGUUUUCAUAGCAUUUAUUGAAUUAUCAAUAGCUUUACUGCUCUGCUUUUUAAAGUAAAAUUUCGUUGGUUUGCUGAGACGAAAUACACUAACAUCCCAUACGAAAAAAACCUUGUUCACU